AUGGUGUACCACUCUUGGUACAAGCGUCACGUCCUAAAGAAGAUGGAGGCCGCCUUCGAUCCUGGCUACGACCCUGUCCUUGCGCUGGCAAAGAGCGGAGAUCAGCUGGCCCACGUGCGAAUUGACCCACCAAGACCGGAGGACGAAAUGAUUCGCAGCAUCGUCUCGGGCAAAGAGGCGGGUCGCUAUUUCCUCGUCAUGGGCAGCAAAGGCUCGGGAAAAGCAACCUCGAUCAUCGAAGCUAUGGCUGCCAUCGAUGCAGACGGAUGCGCUUUCUUCGAUGCUCACCUCGACCCCACCAUCGUCGUCGAUCGCUUCUCCGAGUCGAUCAACUUCAGCAACAAUCGAGACUACCUCGGCAAUCUGCUCGGUCUCUCGGAUCUCUCGGGAAUGUCGUACUACCAGCAGCUCGAACGCGCACUGCACAAGCUCGAGAAGGCGCUCAUCACGCGCAAGCAAAAGACGGGCAAGCCCGCCAUCAUCGUCAUGAACAGUGCACACUUGCUCCCGCGCGACGAGGAGGGUACCAAGCUUUUGCACAUCUUCCAGCAGCGCGCCGAGAAGUGGGCAUCUGCAGGCACAGCCACAUUCGUCUUCACCACGGCCGACUACUGGGUCUACGACGUGCUGCGCAAAGCCUCGAACCGCAUGGACACGCUGUCGUUCCGCGAUCUCACACGACGACAGUCGAUCAACGUGCUGCGUGGAUGUCGCAAGCAGUACUGGGGAGAGAAGCCAUCGUCGCAAGAUCCGCGCGUGCUUCAAGAGGUGUACGAGAUCUGCGGUGGCCGAUUGGGUUUGCUCAAUAAGGUCGCUCGGCGCAAGGACAUGCUCAGGGCGGCAAGGCAGAUGGUGGAGGAUGACAUGCAGUGGGUUCUCAGCAAAACGGGCAUCAUCGAGGAUCACGACGACGAUGUCAUGGAUGAGCAAAAGUGGUCGACGUGCAGCUGGCUGCUCUUCUCCGAACUGGCCACGAAGCAACAGGAGCUCGAGGAGCUGUUGGACCAGUAUGGAGGAAGGCUACCGGCGUUUGUCAACCAGGACACGCAGGAGGAUCCGCAGUACAGCAGCUUGGCCGCGCAGUUGCAUAACGACGCCGGCUGGUUCAAGGCCAAAGCGUCGCCAGUCCCGGGCCUCACACGCUUCACCACCGCUGCCCUCAGGAAGGAUGAUGACGAUAGGGCUGACGACGACGCCGAUGACAAGCAGACCAGCAUCGCGACGGGCGCUAGGCUCGGUGCAUCUGCCAAAGAUGCUCACAACGUUGCAGACGAUGAUGACGAUGACGACGACGAAGAAGAACACGAGACAGCGCACAGGCGUCUCACCGAAUCGCUCAUCACGGAUCCAAGCAUGGACCAGGAAGCUGACGUGCGUGGUGCCGAUGUCCCUAAUCCACACCUCACUUGGGGAGAAGCACGUCAGGUCAUGACUCGCCCGGACUUCAUCAUGGAGCUCGACCACCUCAACAUCAUCCACAUCGACCGCCAUCACCACAUCCGUGCCGACUCGAUGCCGCUACUCCGGGCCAUGCGUCGCGUCGCCGGAUCUGAAGGCUACGGCGACAAGCUCGAGUCGGUGAUGGACCGCGUGUCGGCGAUUGAGAGUCUUGGACGAACACGCGAGCUGGUGUGGAAGGAGCAAGGAGAUGGCGGCAAAUUCUUGAUCAAAAAGGACGGCAAGGGCAGAGAGUUUGAGACCUGGACUUUACUAGGCGGCGACGAGAGGCUAGGUCGAGACGCGGAAGGUGGCGACAAUGAUGACGAUGACUAG